CUCAUGUGACAGGUAUCUACACCAAUAGGAGCAGAAAGCGGGACUGUGUAGCAGAGGAGCGGUGUCAGUGCGGAGAUCUGAAUCUUAAGAGUCUUGCAUUCGAAACAUCAAGAGUGCCUUCUCUUCAAAGUGUUGCAGUUACUAAGCUUGGGUCAUGAUUCAAACAUUUCUGAUACUAUCUCUGGUUGCUGGUCUGGCUUCAUCUUUAACUUGCCCAGAUGGCCACCAUUGCGGAGAUGAAGACACCUGCUGUAAGACCAAGACUGAAAGCUAUUCCUGCUGUCUUUUGCCCAAUGCAGUUUGCUGUUCAGAUAUGUUGCACUGCUGCCCUGAAAAUACCACUUGUGAUUUGGUACAUUUAAAAUGCGUUAGUCUGACUACUGUACCCUGGAUGGAAAAAAUCCCAGUGACCCACACUGGAACAACCCAGUGGGUGAAAACAGAAUCCAUCCCCCUGGUACAAGCAGGAACAGCGAAUGCAGUGACUGAAAAUGUGUGUCUGGAUAAUACUGAAUGCCCACCUGAGUACAGUUGUAUGCCUACUUCUAAAGGAACCUAUGGUUGCUGCCCACUUACUGGAGCAACUAUUUGCAAGGAUUUGGAGCAUUGUUGUCCAAAGGGAUACAAGUGUGACCUUGACAAAGCUAAGUGCAAAAGGACUGGAUUUGAAGAAUUGCCAUUGGUUUCUGGAGUAGGAAACUUGCGUACUGCUGAGAUUGAGCUUUGUGGCAACAUGUCCUGUUCCGAGGGAUAUACCUGUUGUACCUCUAAUGACUUUGGUUGGGGAUGUUGCCCUAUGAAAAAUGCUGUAUGCUGUGAUAAUCAAUGCUGCCCAAAAGGUUUCCAGUGUGAUAAAGAAAGGAAAACCUGCAUCAAACUCAUUGAUGAGAAGGUAAAGGCAAUUAUUUGUCCUGAUGGCGAAUCUGAGUGUCCAUAUGGUUCCACAUGUUGUUUACUUACAAAUGAGCAAUGGGGAUGCUGCCCUUUGGAAAAGGCUGUAUGUUGUGAUGACCACAAGCAUUGUUGUCCUGCUGAUACCAGGUGUGAUCUGGUGCAUUCCAAGUGUUUGUCCGAAUAUGGAAUGAUGGACAUGUGGAAAAAAUUUCCAGCCCUCAGACGAUUUGCCAUGAAGAACACUGAAGUCCAUCCAGUGCGGUGCAAUGAGACUGUGGCCUGCCCUGAAAAUAAUACAUGCUGCAUUCUUGCCACAGGAGAUUAUGGAUGUUGUCCUUUGCCAAAUGCAGUUUGCUGCGAUGAUCGUGAACAUUGUUGUCCACACGGCUGGAAUUGUACGCCUGGAACUGGAAAAUGUUACCAGAAGGACAUUUCUAUCCCUUGGAUGACCAAAUCUCCAGCUCUUGUGAAAGAGAUUGCGACUGAUGUCAAGUGUAGCUGCCAGAAUGAUCAGACGUGUUGCAAGAAUCCUUUGGGAGAGUGGGGAUGCUGCCCUCUGCCAGCGGCGGUAUGCUGUGAGGAUCACAAGCACUGCUGUCCAAAUGGCUACACCUGUAAUUUGACAGCCAAGACCUGUGAAAAGCAAAGUAUCUUGGCACUCUGGCAUGUCAAAGAGUCUGAGUCCUCUGGUGUACAAUGUGAUGAUAUGGUCCAGUGUGCUUCUCCAGCCACUUGCUGUAAGAGUGCCUCGGGCAAGUGGGCUUGCUGUCCUUACAAAGAAGCUACUUGCUGUGAAGAUAAGAUGCACUGCUGCCCAAAUGGCUAUAUGUGCAAUAAGGGAGCUAAAGCAUGCACUUUGCAGCCUAGGCUCCGCUGGGACCAAUUUUUCUGGAAGCGCAAAAGGGCCUUCAACUUCCUGUAACCUGUUUUGGGCCCUUGAACCACUAGCUACUUAAUGCUUUAAAACAAAAUCUUUCAGUUUGUAAACUUGAGAAUUGUUCACCAAAAAAAAGCUUUGGCUAGCAUUUUUUUUAAAGUAGUGGAAUUUCUGGUAACGUGUACUACACGAGGCAACUCUGGGUGGCAAAAUCCUGAUUGCUAACUGGCUUGGAACUAAAUUUCAGUGGGUUAAAACGCUUGCAAUAAAAUUCUAGGGAUUUUGUGAACUGAAUUGUGUUUUUGCGCAUUGCAUAUUGAAUUGAAAAUUGCAUUACAUUGAAAUAAAGCAACUCGAAAGAACAAAAGCAGACAACUUACCUGAUUGAUGCUUGGCUUGAUUUUUAAAAAAAAAUUUACUUCUAAAUCUUUCAAUUCAGUUGUAACUUUUUUUAUGUAUUAAGUAUGCUGCUCAUGAUUGUGUUCAUAACCAUCACAUCUAACAGAAACACUAAAACAUUUGAAAAUUCUGGUAAAUGCAGUGUAGACAAUGGUGGAGGGUAGGGUGAGGGAGAGAAGAUGUAUAUAACUGUUUGGUUUGGCCUAUAUUAUACAUGCUCAACUGAAAGUUCUGGUGCAUCUCUUUAUCUGUGCCUUUUUUUUUUGUAUAGUUGAACCUGCCGUAGUUGAGGGUGUCCUCCUAGAACUAGUGUUCUAGCAUCUUUUCUGGCACGAGUGACUCCAGCAAUAUUAAAAUUGUCCCUUGGGAUCAAAUUAACUACCGGUAUACUUGUUUGCGAAGAUGUUAUGCUUUAUCUAAAAAUGCAGCACCCAAUGAUUCAUUGUUGUUUUCAGAUGUCAGUUGCUGCUCUUCCAUCUUUAAUAAGAUAUCCAAGCAUAGCCUUCAUGAUCUGUAAAUGUCUAUUCUUUUUAAAAAAAACUAUGAUAUUAUAUAACAUUUUUUGACAGUCUGGUUGUGGCAGAUUUUCCUCAGUGUUUCUCUGGUUGACCCACACAUCUUGAAUUCCCUAGACAUGGUAGGUCUGGUCAGAAUAAGGAUGAUCUUAACAGAGUAUAAGUUUAACUAGAGUACUCGGGCAUAAAGUGUCAACUAGCUGUUAAAUUGGGGGUCAUGCAUGCCUAUCUGACGUUAUGCUGAAAUAGCCUGUAGAAGUAGAGGCACAACAAAAUGGAUUUUAACACACGAUAUGGAAUUUGAGGUUUUAAGUUUUGUGUGCAAAAUUUGAUAGGUACUAAUUAGGCUAAUAUUCCCUCAUUGUUGAUGGUAGGUGCAUUUUGUCUAUUCCUAGCUCAGUUCUAGUGUGUCUUUUCCUACAAUUUCUAAAACUUAGUAUCUUACUCAAGCUAAUGCUAAUUUAAAGAUGAAGGCACAUAAUGUGCUGGUGCAAGGUCUUUAGGCUGGCAUGCAGAAUUAGAACUGCCUUCUAGCAGCCUCAGUAAGAUGACAAACUUUCAGCUAUGUUAAGAUUUUUUCAGUUUGUGCACAGGAUGAAUACUGGCUCACAUUCCAUGUAAUAGAAUUAGUUAAAUCUUACUGUAAAUGUUGAUAUAAAAAUCUAGUGUUCAACAAUAACUUAAUGCAACAAGGAAAAAAGCCCAUUCAACUUGACUGGUCCUCACCAACCAGUAGGUCUCCUUCUCUAUUAACCCUUGCCCACCACUUGUUCAUUGCCUCUAUGCCUAAGUGAUUCAAGUGUUAUCCAGGCAGUUAAAUGCUGGCAGAGACCCAGCUUUAACCUCCUUCCUACCCCUUCUCUCCCUGGUAGUGCUAGAUACACUCUUGAAUCUCUAAACUGCCUUGUUCUGAACCUGUUUCCUCUAAUUUUAUCCACCUCUUUGGGGGAAUGCUUCCUGCAAUAAAACCUGUUGGCACUGCUCAACUUUGUAUACUUCAGUUAUGUACCCUCAAGCUCCUGCUUCAAAGGAAAAGACUUCUCUCUGAUAACUGAACUGCUGCAUCCUACGCCACAUUCUGGUGAAUUUCCUCAAAAUCCUCUCCAGUGUUAUCAUAUUCUUCCUAUACCUUGGUGGCUAGAACUGCAUGCAGUACUGAGAUAAAGUCUGAUAAAUGUUGGUGCAUAAGCAUCUACUUUUGUAUUCAUUGUCCUGAUUAUUGAAGGGCAGUAUCCUGUGACUUCCCAACCACAUUGUUUACCCAUGUUGCCAUCUGUAAGGAUCAAAGUCUAUUCCUAGGAUCCUACCAUCAAUGGGAUAUGUCUUAUCCUCAUUAAUACUACCAUAUUGUUUAAUGUUUGUAAAUCAUUUCCAAAUGAGUUGUGUAUCUGGGCUAUUUUGUAGAAAAUUCUGCUUGUAGAUGGGCAGAAUUUUCUAGUUCCAAUAAUGCAUGAUUUCAGUUUGUUUUUAAUUUGGAGUACUUGUUUCUGUUUAAACAAUGCAAUUCUUUAAUCGUAUCUUCCACUGUGCUACUUAAUUAAAUGUUUUUCUUAUCAGUGAGACUUGGUCAGCUUGUUGGGUUUGAACAUCAGCUCAUUUGAUGGCAAUCUGCUUUAUUUUUACUGUAGAUGCGAUUUCUCAUUCUGAAGAUCAUAAUUGAUUUAUACUAUGUAGCUUUUGUUUGCUAUUAAAUAAAACUGAACCGAUUUAUUAAAAA